AAAUAGAAAGUUUCCGUAUCAAGGCUUCUCCCCCUCUUCCCUGAAUUAAGAUUUCCUGGUGUCAUUUGAGGUAUUGUACACCACAUCUUUCCAUUCUUAUUUUUGACAUAGUUUCUGUGAUUUUUUUUCCUACCCUGAGUUACAGACAAGCAGCACAAGAUUUGUGCCCUCCAAUUUGAUGGCUCCUAUUUAUUUUUGUUUUAAUAUAAAGAUGAACUGGAAAAACUAAAUGAUCGAGAAUGGGGCGGGCACACAGUGUGUGCUAAGGAAACAGUGUUUGUAUUGAAUCGAACCCCUACAGAACGUGGACCGUUCAGAAGCACUGAGUUUGGCGUCUGGGUGAUUAAUUGCUUUGGGUUGGCCCAUUUAGCAGUGAACAGCAAUGGACCAAAGACUUCCCAAAGAUGAAGGGAGAGGGAGAGAGAAAGAGAGAAACAUCAACGAUAGGAAAGAAUCAGUGACUGGGGGCUUCCUGCACACUCUACACCGGGGAUCCAGCCUGCAACUCAGCUCCUCAUAUGACAAAUCAAAGACUCCAGGAACUAAUGCAGUUAAACCUGAGAAAGGAAAUGCGGAUGGUGAUGAGAUUUCUUAUGCAGCUGGGCAAUCGAAAUUUGUUCCAGAGAACCUUCGGUAUUACACAGUCCAUCCAAAAUUGAGCCGGUAUUAUGAGCCUUUGAAGCCCACCAAACUGCAGAAAUUUGUGGCUCGAAACAGGAAAAUGUUAAGCUUCAUGCUCAAAGUCGCAGAGUAUGAUCAAGAUAAGACCAUACUUAUAAUGACCAAUAACCCACUCCCCUCUCCUAUGGAGCAACAAGGAAAGGACACCGAACCACAUUUCUUUUCCAAGGAGUUACUGGUCAAGCAGGAAAGUGAUCAGCUCAAACCCACUGAGACCUACCUACCCCCAUUGGCUCAGAAAAAAAGGUUAAGGCCUAAGCUGAAACCAGUCUUCCCUGUGACACGGUUGAAGGAUGCCAAAUCCAAGCAAGAACAACUGUUUAGGUUUUCCACCAAGAAUGAUUUCAAGAGUGAAGGGAAGUAUUCAACAGUCUGCACUUUGAGGAAGCAGCAAAAUAUGUUCCCUCAGCUCACCUUUGCUCAAGUCUCUCAAGGAGAUAUGAAGAAAGAUGUCUCCAAGGAGUCAGAAAGUGACAUGCUGCCUAGGAAGGUGUAUUGGGAACCACUAACCCUUGCAUCGCUCCUGGAACUGAAGCCCACUAAAACCGCGCCUGGGGAGAGUGCCUUCCGCAAUGGAAGGGUCAAGCAGUGGUUUCUAAACAACACCGUUGUCACUAAGUAAAAAUAAACCCUUCAGGCCUCCCGCCUCGGUCUCCACGGACUGAGAGGCCAGCAGAAGACGCUUUCCAGGGCAUGUCAACCAAAUAAAACCACAUUCGCCCACUGUGA